GAAGGCAAACAGAUCAGACAAAGCGAGCCCUAGUGUGUGUUUUCUUCAACAUUCCUCUUCCACUGCUCGCAAUCUGGCCACUAACGAAAGGCUUAUUAUUGAAUCCUGAUCCGAAGUUCUGUUCAUUUCCUCUGUGCUGGAGCUUUUGUUCUGUGGGCUUUAUGCUACAGGGCUGUCAAUGUUGGAGAAUGGCUGUUUGGUGUUGCCAUUGAGGUUCGAUGCUCUCAAGUCUCAAUCGAUGUAAAUUUUGAUAAAUGUUUCUAAAUUUUUUUGGGGGGUUCCUGUAAUGAUUUGAAAGUAGAGAUCUGCGGAAUGAUCACGAAAUCUGUGAAUUGAUCUUGGUUUUAUUCGUCGAUCUUUGGAGGGAUAUGUUUCAGUGAUCGAAUUCAUCAGGCGGGUAUAGAUUUUCUCGGAUUUUGGUUCCGUAGAUCUGAGAUUGGUGAAUCGGUGGGUUGGAUUUAUGUUUAUGCUAUUUAUGGAGAAGAAUGUUUUGGCUGUUUUUGACGAUUUUAUGGAGUAAUUGUGAUGCUGAUCUGUAGUUGCGUCGAAAUUUAGCUUUUGGGUCUCCAGGUUUCGUCGAUUAGCAGUUAUUAGGUUCUAUUUAUGGAUAAAUUGAUCAUCAAUGCGGGUUCAUGUGAAUUUGGAGGCAUUGGAAAUUUCUAGUCUUUAUGUUGGUUUGAAUUGCAGAGAGGGAGGAAGGGCUGAUGUCGUUUAAGAGUAUUAUUCAGGACAUGAGGGGUGAGUUCGGGAGCAUGUCUAGAAAAGGGUUUGAAGUGAAGUUUGGGUAUGGAUUAAGAUCUAGGUCACAUAGGGCCGCUCAGGACGGCGUACUGGUGGCGGUGGAUGCUUUGAGGCAGAGUUGCUGGGCCAACAUGCCACCGGAGCUUCUCAGGGACGUGCUUAUGAGGAUAGAAGCAUCUGACGGCACUUGGCCGCCUCGGAAAAAUGUGGUUGCUUGUGCAGGUGUAUGCAGAAGUUGGAGGGAGAUAAUGAAGGAAAUUGUGAAAACACCAGAAGUCUCUGGCAAAUUAACGUUCCCAAUCUCCCUGAAACAGCCUGGCCCAAGAAACUCCCUCCUUCAAUGCUAUAUAAAACGGAAUCGAAGCAACCAGACAUACCAUCUUUACCUCAGUCUAAAUCAAGCUUUGAAUGAUGAUGGUAAGUUUCUGCUUGCUGCUCGGAAAUGUCGACGGCCUACUUGCACUGACUACAUCAUUUCUCUAAAUGCCGAUGAUGUUUCAAAGGGAAGCAGCACCUAUGUUGGGAAGUUGAGAUCAAACUUCCUUGGAACCAAGUUCACAAUAUAUGAUGCGCAGCCUCCAAAUGCUGCAGCCAAAGUUAUGAAAUGUCGUUCCACCAAGCUAGUGGGCUUGAAGCAAGUUUCUCCCAGAGUUCCUGCUGGCAAUUAUCCUGUGGCGCACAUAUCAUAUGAAUUGAAUGUCUUGGGUUCUAGGGGCCCAAGAAGAAUGCAAUGUAUCAUGGAUGCCAUCCCUGCCUCUGCUAUUGAGCCAGGUGGAGUGGCACCUACACAGACAGAAUUCAUGCAUAGCAAUCUGGAUUCCUUUCCGUCCCUCCCGUUUUUCAGAUCCAAGUCUACUCGCGUGGACAGUUUCCAAUCUGGACCUUUGUCUAGUCAGAAAGAUGGAAUGCUGAUUUUGAAGAACAAGGCACCUAGGUGGCAUGAGCAACUCCAGUGCUGGUGCCUGAACUUUAAUGGACGGGUGACAGUGGCUUCCGUAAAAAACUUUCAGCUGGUUGCUUCUCCGGAGAAUGGAUUUGCUGGACCUGAGCAUGAGAAGGUUAUUCUCCAGUUUGGGAAAGUGGGAAAGGAUGUGUUCACCAUGGAUUAUCAGUAUCCAAUAUCGGCUUUCCAGGCAUUUGCCGUCUGCCUCAGCAGCUUUGACACUAAGAUUGCUUGUGAAUGACAAACAGGUAUGAGUCUAAUGCUGGACUCCUUAUCACUAGGCUAAAUUCCACUAAUUAGUACACCAUUUUCUCUUUUGAGUUAUUUUCAUUUCUCAUCUCCCUGCAAUGGAGCAGGACGCUUCAAAAGCUCUUCAGAAACCAGCAGUAAUUUUUAUGGAUUUCUCUAAUUUUAUUUCUUCCUUUGUUUUGAAGCAGUCAAAAUUUAUUUCUUCUUUUGGAUUUUAAGCAACAAGCCAAUCACAGUUCUUGCAUUUUGAUCUGGCAGGUGUUGAGAGAUGAAAUAGAUGUUAGUGAAGGCAAUAUUGCGCUACUUGUGUUGUUGCGGAACAAGGUCUCUGGGUAGUUCAAUAUCUUUUUUUUUUUUCUUGUCUUGUAAGUAGGUAGGGUUCUUGUUUUGUAGUCAUCCUUGUACAUAGGACUGCUGUUUGUGAGUGAUACAUGCCUGAGCAUCUUGAUCAUGUCUGACCAUCUUGAUUUGUCUUCACACUCACAUUCUUUAUCUGUUGGUUCUGAACAUUAGAAAUGUCUGGUUUUGAUUUUUUCUUUUUGGUGUAGAAUUUCAAUCUUUGUAGAAUUUCUUGGUGUUUAAUUUCAAUCUUGCUUCCGCAA